AUGUUUUCAAUUUCUCUCAUUUUAGGAUUUUACCAAGUCGAUGUCCACGUUGAGGGGAACCAGGAAAAACAAGAGAAACCUCUGUGGCAAGUACUAUUCAUGGAUAACAAAACAUUGAGUAAAGAAGUACAGAAAGUUUUAGAAAAACCAUUUAAUCUGGAUUCAACUGCAGAUUUUUCGGGAACAAUGCCCUAUAAAUGUGACUCUAGUAGAAUGAAUUUGCCGGUUGUUUCUGAAUUAAUUAUUAAUGAUAGAAACUAUUCAAGAAAGAAAGCUGAUUACCUGAAUGUAUGUGAAAAGUUGCAGGUUGAUGUUAAGCAGGAGAAAACUCAUAGUGGAGAGAAGUCUUAUGAAUGUAAUAAAAAUGUGAAAGCUCUCAGUUAUGAGAAAGAUCAUCAGAAAUUUCAAACUCUGGAGCAAUCUUUUGAAUGUAAUGAAUUUGGGAAAGUUUUACAUGAUAAGACUGUCGGUGUUACAGCUAAGAGUUCUCUAACAGGAGAGGAAUCCUGUAAGAAUUUUGAAUUUAGGAAAAACUUUGAUAAAGCAACUCUAUUUAACCACAUGAGAAAUGGCACAAGGGAAAAGUGCUUUAGUCUUAAUGAAGAUGGGAAACCCUGUGACAAAACCACCAUUGUGGAAUACAGUCAAGUUUGCAUGGCUAUGACACGCUAUGAAUGUCAUGAAAGUGGGAAUAACUUCAACAGGAAUUCACCCCUCACUCAACCUCAGAGAACUGUUAUAGGACAGGUUGCUUUUGAAAGCGGUAAAUCUGAAGAAAACUUGAGCCAGAGCUCAGCCCAUGUAGUACAUCAGAAGACACAAACUGGAGAUAAAUUCUGUGUUUAUAAUGAAUGUACAAAUGCCUUCUAUCAGAAAUUAGACCUUACAGUACAUCAGAGAACUCACACAGAAGAGAAAUUCUACCAGUGUGGUAAAUAUGGGAAAUCCUUCCAUCAAAACUCAGCCCUCGAUGUACUUCAGCCAAGUGACACAGGAGAGAAGUCAUUUGAAUAUAGUGAAUGUAGGAAAUUCUUUUACCAGAAAGCACACCUCAUUCAGCAUCAAAAGAUCCAGUCAGGGGAGAAACGUUAUGAAUGUGAGGAAUGUGGGGAAUCCUUUUGUCCCAAUUCACAUUCUAUUCAUUAUCCUGGAACUCAUAUGGGGGUCAAUGUCUGUGAAUGUAGUGAAUGUGGGAAAACUUUCUGUCAGAAAUCAAACCUCAGUGAAUAUCUGUCAGCUCAUACAAAAGAGAAACCUAGUGAUAACAACGGACGUGGGAAAUCUUACAAGAAGUCUUCCCUCACCAUACACCAGAGAACACACAGAGAUAGGAAACCCUUUCAAGGUAAUGAAUAUGGGAAAACAUUCUCCAAGAUGGCACAUCUCACAAAAUAUCAGAGAAUUCACACAGGGGAGAAGCUGUAUGAAUGUAUCGAAUGUGGGAAAACUUUCUCCAAGACAUCGCAUCUCAGAGCACAUCAGAGAAUUCACACAGGCAAAACAGCCUAUGAAUGUAUUGAGUGUAGGAAAACUUUCUCUCACAAGACUCACCUCCUUGCACAUCAGAGAAUUCAUACAGGGGAGAAACCUUGUGAAUGUAAUGAAUGUGGGAAAACUUUUGCUGAUAAUUCAACCCUCAGAGCACAUCAGAGAACUCACACAGGGGAGAAACCCUACGAGUGUAAUGAUUGUGGGAAGUCUUUUGCCCAUAUAUCUGUUCUCAGAGGACAUCAGAGAAUUCACACGGGGGAGAAACCUUACGAAUGUUAUGACUGUGGGAGAUCUUUUGCCCAUCAUUCAGCUCUCAGAGCACAUCAGAGAGUUCACACAGGUGAGAAACCCUAUGAAUGUAAUGACUGUGAGAAAACUUUUGCCCAUAAUUCAGCUCUCAGAGUACAUCAGAGAGUUCACACAGGGGAGAAACCAUAUGAAUGUAACGUGUGUGAGAAAACCUUUGCCCAUAAUUCAGCCCUCAGAGCGCAUCAGAAAAUUCACACCGGGGAGAAACUCUAUCAAUGUAAUGAAUGUGGGAAAACUUUUUCCCAGAAGACACACCUCAGUACACAUGAGAGGAUUCACACAGGGGAGAAGCCCUAUGAGUGUACUGAAUGUGGGAAAACCUUCUCCCAGAAAUCAUACCUCAGUGGUCAUGAGAGAAUUCACAAAGCGGAAAAACCUUAUGAAUGUAACGAAUGUGGGAAAACCUUCGUUUAUAAGGCAGCCCUCAUAGUCCAUCAGAGAAUUCACACAGGAGAGAAACCAUAUGAAUGUAACGAAUGUGGGAAAACUUUCUCCCAAAGGACACACCUCAGUGCACAUCAGCGAACUCACACAGGGGAGAAACCUUAUGAAUGUAAUGAAUGUGCGAAAACUUUUGCUGAUAAUUCAGCCCUCAGGGCACAUCAGAGAAUUCACACAGGGGAGAAACCCUAUGAAUGUAAUGAAUGUGGGAAAACUUUCACCAAGACAUCACACCUCAGAGCACAUCUGAGGACUCGUGCAGGGGAGAAACCCUAUGAAUGUAAUGAAUGUGGGAAAACUUUCUCCCAGAAGUCAUAUGUUAGUGCACAUCAGAGAAUUCACACAGGGGAGAAACCCUAUGAGUGUAAUGUAUGUGGGAAAUCUUUUGCCCAUAAUUCCACCCUCAGAGUACAUCAGAGGAUUCAUACAGGUGUAAAAUCCUAUGAAUGUAAUGAAUGUGGGAAAACUUUCUCCCAGAAGUCACACCUUAGUGCACAUCAGAGAAUUCACACAGGGGAGAAACCCUAUGAGUGUAAUGAAUGUGGGAAAUCUUUUGCCCAAAAUUCAACUCUGAGAGUCCACCAAAGAAUUCACACAGGGGAAAAGCCCUAUGAAUGUAACGACUGUGGGAAAACUUUUGUCCGUAAGGCAGCUCUUAGAGUACAUCACACCAGAAUGCACACCAGAGAGAAAACCCUUGCAUGUAAUGAAUUUGGAAAGUCCUAAAGGAACUCAUAUGUUAUUAGGUAACACACAGGGGAGAAGCUCGUGUCACGUAGACCUGCAGAUUAUUUCCCUUAACUAAUUCCUUUUCCACUAGGCACAUAGCUUGCCUAAGUUUCCCAGUCUGUCCUUCAUCCAGGUGCGGCUGGUCAUGGAAUAUGACACUACUACAUUUAAGCUAAGUCUGGACUUAAAAAGUCACCUUAGAUUCUUCCUGUCCUGUGUUAUACUGGAAUGGAGAGACUUCCAUGCAGACUUGGGUGCUGUGUGUUGAAGAUGGUAGAGCACAAGGUGAAAGAGACUAGAAUCUGAAUAACUGGGUGAAACAGAAUUCUCCACUAACAUCUUCACCAGUUGGCUUUUUGUUUUUUUAGGCAAGGAUUAAGUUUGGCUGUGUUGAGCUCUUACAGAUUUUGGUCUAUUGAUUAAAUGCAAUAGCUUAGCCAAUUCUCUGUUAGAGUAGGAUGAAACACUGAAUAUAAUGAAUGUCAGAAGACCACCAAGAAUUCAACCUGUCGUUGUACAUCAGAGACUCCACAUGAGGAGGAAGAAAACUUCUGUCAAUAUCUUGAAUGAUCAGCCUUCAUCAAAAAUCAGAGAAAUCUCAGGGAAAAACACAAAAGCCUUGUACUGCAAAGUGAACUUCAUUAAACAUGAAAUAAUUAAAACUAGACUAAAAUCUUAUAUUUUGAUAAGUGAAACUUUUUACAGAUACGUUUGUGUGUUGUCUAACAAUGGUAUACGUUCUAAGAAAUGGGUUGUUAGGCGAUGUUGUCGUGUGAACAUCAUAGAGUACUUACACAGACGUAGGUGGUGUAGCCUACUACACAUCUGGGCUGUAUGGUACUAGUCUUACGGGACCACCGUCGCAUGUGUGGUCUGGCAUUGACUGAAACGUUAUGUGGCUUGUGACUGUACUGAGUUUGCUUCAGAGAACGUUUUUCUGAGGAAAUAAAUCAGUUUCUGAAUUGAAGAUCAAAUCUUCGCCUAGAACUGAUGUGCCAAAACUUGUGUUUUCCAUGUAAUACCAAGUUUUAUAGAAUAUAAAGAAGAAAAUAUUUACCUCUACACAAACUGACUGUGGAAUGUGAAGUUUUAAAGAUGGAGGAGUAACUUGAAUUCUUUGGACAGUACCAAUAAAUGUUUGUGACUAGUAUCUGAGCUAU